AUGAUCUGCAUAGAGUGUCUUGGGCCAGUGAAGUCUCUGUACACCGUUUAUUCGAAUAAGCACAUACAGUUAACCGAUUGCCCAAACUGCCAGAACGUUGUGGAUAAGUAUGUGGAGAUAGAUAACGUUAUACUAUUCAUUGAUCUGCUACUGUUAAAACCAGGAGCUUAUAGACAUUUGGUCUACAAUUCCCUCGAGAACACACUAUCGAAAUAUACUGAAAGGCGGUCUGUUGAAGGUUCAAUUGCAAAUAAAGCUCGCUCAUUGAUUUUCAAUCUGAAUAGCUGGCGACUAAGAUUCGACAAGUUGAAUCGAAUAUGGGUUCUCUUGAUUGCGUUCGAAGUUUACUUGACUUGGGCUACCGAAGAACGCAAGUACAGUUUGUACUGUGAGCGAAAUGGCACCAAUGCUGGGGCAAAUACAGAAGAUUUAAUCAUGGCGAAACUUCUAUCGUUGAAUGCACUACAACAGUAUCUCUAUUUCGCGGUAUAUUGCAUAAUCGAUAUCUCGCUGUUCCACAACAUAACGAGUUAUUGCAUAAUCAAUUGGUUCCAUUGGGGCAAGAAUGUGAAGUAUGCCAAGGACAUCUUAUCAUAUGCCAUAUUACUCUCAUAUGGAGCUAAGAUAUUCCCCAUUCUGAUGCUUAUAUGGCCCUAUGAUACAGUGUUCUCUAUGAACGUUAUUAAAUGGGUUGCAAACCUUUACAUCAUCGAAUCAUUAAGAAUUGUAACGAGAUUGUCCUAUUCAUCCCUAUUGAAGCUAUUUUUAUUUGUUUCAGUGAUCCGAUGGACACUUGUGAAGCCAAUAAUGGUUCUAAUUAUCGCUAAAGGAGAUUACCAUCAGAUAAAAGCAUUUUGUCUCUCCGAGUUUCAACUUACCUUGCAGAAGUUUAUGAUAAAAGAUAACUACUUCUUGUUAUAA